AGACGCAGGGAACCAGGGCGCUGGUGGCGCCAGGCAGAGGCCGCAGCCGAAAGAUGCCGGUCCGCAGGGGCCACGUCGCGCCCCAAAACACUUACCUGGACACCAUCAUCCGCAAGUUCGAGGGCCAGAGUCGUAAGUUCCUGAUCGCCAAUGCUCAGAUGGAGAACUGCGCCAUCAUUUACUGCAACGAUGGCUUCUGUGAACUCUUCGGCUACUCCCGAGUGGAAGUGAUGCAGAGACCGUGCACCUGCGACUUCCUCACAGGCCCCAACACCCCACGCAGUGCCAUGUCCCGCCUGGCACAGGCCCUGCUGGGGGCCGAGGAGUGCAAGGUGGACAUCCUCUACUACCGCAAGGAUGCCUCCAGCUUCCGCUGCCUCGUGGACGUGGUGCCCGUGAAGAAUGAGGACGGGGCCGUCAUCAUGUUCAUCCUCAACUUUGAGGACCUGGCCCAGCUCCUGGCCAAGCGAGGGAACCGCAGCCUGUCCCAGCGCCUGCUGUCCCAGAGCUUCCUGGGCUCCGAGGGCUCUCAUGGCAGGCCGGGCGCGCAGGGACCUGGCACGGGCAGGGUCAAGUACAGGACCAUCAGCCAGAUCCCGCAGUUCACACUCAACUUCGUGGAAUUCAACCUGGAGAAGCACCGCUCGGGCUCCACCACGGAGAUUGAGAUCAUCGCACCCCACAAGGUGGUAGAGCGGACCCAGAACGUCACCGAGAAGGUCACCCAGGUGCUGUCCCUGGGUGCGGACGUGCUGCCGGAGUACAAGCUGCAGGCACCGCGCAUCCACCGCGGGACCCUCCUGCACUACAGCCCCUUCAAGGCCGUGUGGGACUGGCUCAUCCUGCUGCUGGUCAUCUACACGGCCAUCUUCACGCCCUACUCGGCUGCCUUCCUGCUCGGCGACCAGGACGAGCCUCAGCGCGCGGACUGUGGCUACGCCUGCAGCCCGCUCACCACGGUGGACCUCGUCGUGGACAUCAUGUUCGUCGUGGACAUUGUCAUCAACUUCCGCACCACCUACGUCAACACCAACGACGAGGUGGUCAGCCACCCACGCCGCAUCGCCGUCCACUACUUCAAGGGCUGGUUCCUCAUCGACGUGGUGGCCGCCAUCCCCUUCGACCUGCUCAUCUUCCGUACUGGCUCUGAUGAGACCACAACCCUGAUCGGGCUGCUGAAGACGGCUCGGCUGCUGCGGCUGGUGCGCGUGGCUCGCAAGCUGGACCGCUACUCUGAGUACGGGGCGGCCGUGCUCUUCCUGCUCAUGUGCACCUUUGCGCUCAUCGCACACUGGCUGGCCUGCAUCUGGUAUGCCAUCGGCAACGUGGAGCGGCCCUACCUGGAGCCCAAGAUCGGCUGGCUGGACAGCCUGGGCGCGCAGCUCGGCAAGCGCUACAAUGGCAGCGACCCGGCCUCGGGCCCGUCGGUGCAGGACAAGUAUGUCACGGCCCUGUACUUCACCUUCAGCAGCCUCACCAGCGUGGGCUUCGGCAACGUCUCACCCAACACCAACUCUGAAAAGGUCUUCUCCAUCUGCGUCAUGCUCAUCGGCUCCCUCAUGUAUGCCAGCAUCUUCGGCAACGUGUCGGCCAUCAUCCAGCGCCUGUACUCGGGCACGGCGCGCUACCACACGCAGAUGCUGCGAGUCAAGGAGUUCAUCCGCUUCCACCAGAUCCCCAACCCGCUGCGGCAGCGCCUCGAGGAGUACUUCCAGCACGCCUGGUCCUACACCAACGGCAUCGACAUGAACGCGGUGCUGAAGGGCUUCCCCGAGUGCCUGCAGGCCGACAUUUGCCUGCACCUGCACCGCGCGCUGCUGCAGCACUGCCCGGCCUUCCACGGCGCCAGCAAGGGCUGCCUGCGCGCGCUCGCCGUCAAGUUCAAGACGACGCACGCGCCGCCCGGGGACACUCUGGUGCACCUCGGCGACGUGCUCUCCACGCUCUACUUCAUCUCCCGCGGCUCCAUCGAGAUCCUGCGCGACGACGUAGUGGUGGCCAUCCUCGGAAAGAAUGACAUCUUUGGGGAGCCCGUUAGCCUCCAUGCCCGGCCGGGCAAGUCCAGUGCAGACGUACGGGCCCUGACCUACUGUGACCUGCACAAGAUCCAGCGGGCAGACCUGCUGGAGGUGCUGGACAUGUACCCCGCCUUCGCAGACAGCUUCUGGAGUAAGCUGGAAGUCACCUUCAACCUGCGGGAUGCAGGCGGGGGUCUCCAGUCAUCACCCCAACAGGCCCCAGGCAGCCAGGACCACCAAGGCUUCUUCCUCAGUGACAACCAGUCAGGCGCAGCCCCUUCCCUGAGCAUCUCAGAUGCGUCUGGCCUCUGGCCUGAGUUGCUGCAGCAAGUGCCCCCCAGGCCAAGUCAGAGCCCCCCAAACCCUCAGGGAGACCCAGACUGCUGGCCUCGGGAGCUAGGCUCCAGGCUAGAGCAGCUCCAGGCCCAGAUGAACAGGCUGGAAUCACGCAUGUCCUCAGACCUCAGCCGCAUCCUGCAGCUCCUUCAGCAGCCCCCGCCCCAGGACCACACUGGCUACAUUCUGGGAGCCCCUGCCUCCAAUGACCUGGCCUUGUCUCCUGCAACCUCAGCGACUCAGAGUCCAGGAACUAGACUACCCCAGGGCGAUCUGCCCCCUGCACAGGCCCCCAGUUACGGUGACCUGGACGAAUGGAGGCCGAAGCUGGGGAACUCCUCCUCCAGGAUGCUGGCCCCAGCCACAGAAAUGGACAAAACUGCAACACUGUCCUCGGAACAGAAGCAGCCUGAGGGGCUCCUGUCACCCCUGGCCUCACCUCUGCAUCCCCUGGAGGUACAGGGACUUGUCUGUGGUCCUCGCUUUCCCUCCCUCCCUGAACACCUCAGCUCUGUCCCCAAAUAG